AUGUGCUUCCUAUGUGAACAAGGAAUACAAUAUUUUUCUAAUUUGAAAAUGGACAAGCCCAACGUUUAUGCUCGUGUAGUCAAGGUUUUAGGCCGUACUGGUUCCCAGGGUCAAUGUACCCAGGUCAAAGUUGAGAUCGUUGGAGAGAACAGUCGCCAGAUCAUCAGGAACGUGAAAGGACCAGUUCGCGAAGAUGAUGUUCUAACCCUUCUGGAAUCUGAGCGUGAAGCCAGAAGAUUAAGAUAA